AUGAAUUUCGAGAUUACAUCAAAAUCUAUUCUCCUACGAAAAACCUUUUACACUGAUAAUCUCUGGAGUUACAAUUCAACGAAUGAAUAUCUACUUAAUAAAGAAAGAGACAUUUAUUUUUGUCCGAAAUGUUCUUUCACUCCAUCUAAUUGGCCUGGUGAUUCUACAUUUCGAGAUGUUAUUGUAACAUUUUGUUUCGGCAGUCCACAAUCAGUUCCUCCAUUUAUUCGAAUGCUUAGGACUGUGAAAUGCCGAGCCAAAAUAGUAAUAAUUGCUGACGAAAUUGCCUAUCAAAAACUAUACAAAUAUUCAUUUUCAGACUUUUAUCCACUAUGUGAUGUAAUAGUUUAUAACAUAGGCCAAAGUCAGAUUCAGCUGAGAUACGAGUUAUACCAAAUGAAAACAUUGGUAUACAGAGAGUUCCUCUCAGCAUUUUAUUAUAAAAUUGAUCGAAUAAUGAUGUGUGACUUAGCAGAUACAGCAUUUCAGAGCGAUCCUUUCAAAUAUUUCAUGCAUGAAGAUUCUGUAUAUAACUAUAUCGAGAAUAUUACUAUCGAAGAAGAAGAUGAAACUUUUAUUGAUAUACAAACUUACUUUCAAGACGAAAUAUCCGAACAAAACUAUAUAGUUACACCAGCUGCAUACUUCGGAAAUCCAGUACAGACUCUAAAAUUGCUCGAUUUAGUACAAUCUUAUUUCUGGGAUGAUGAUUUCCAAAGAAAGAAUAUCGUUGAUCAAUCAAUCAUCUCAUACCUAUACUAUACGAAGAAAUACCAAGACUUUGGUAUUAAUAUGAAAGCUUUAAAUUGGACAGGUGGAAUUAUAUCUGCCAACCUUGCAUAUUUUUCCAAUUAUGAUAUUGGAAGUAUUAACUGCAUGGACCUAAGUUCUGCACCUUUUUUGAUACAUCAUACCAAUUAUAUUAGAGAUAUUUUACUUUCCAUUUAUAAAACUUGCCCGAGGAUCAAGAAACAUAAAGGAGAGAUUUACCUGGGCGAUCUAGAUAGAGAAACUAUGGAAUCUAUUGACGCAGAAGUUCGUAGGGCUAUUAGCCUUGAUAGAAAAAUGCGAUACAAUAGGCGUAAGGCAAAAAUUGAAUCACAGAAAAUAAAAAAAUAG